GCGCGCGCGGUGACGCCAUCACGCUCUGUGCGCCAUUUUUUGUUCGGUUGGAGAAGCGCGAUGGCGGCAAGCCGGGGAUCCUCUACUAGGUGGUUCUUUACCCGCGAGCAGCUGGAUAACACGCCCUCGCGGCGCUGCGGAGUGGAGGCGGACAGGGAGCUGUCCUACAGACAACAGGCCGCCAACCUUAUCCAGGACAUGGGCCAGAGACUCAAUGUCUCUCAGCUCACAAUAAACACUGCAAUUGUUUACAUGCACAGGUUCUAUAUGUACCACUCUUUCACCAAAUUCCACAGAAAUAUCAUCUCUCCAACCACAUUAUUCCUGGCUGCAAAAGUUGAGGAGCAACCACGUAAACUUGAACAUGUCAUUAAAGUGGCACAUGCAUGUCUAAACCCUCAAGAACCUCCUUUAGAUGCAAAGAGUAAUGCAUACCUCCAGCAAGCUCAAGAGCUGGUGAUACUUGAAACCAUAGUGCUGCAAACCUUAGGAUUUGAAAUAACUAUUGAACAUCCUCAUACUGAUGUUGUGAAAUGUUCCCAGCUAGUGCGAGCAAGCAAGGAUCUGGCACAGACAUCCUAUUUCAUGGCUACCAACAGCCUUCACCUCACCACCUUCUGUCUGCAGUACAAGCCCACAGUCAUAGCCUGUGUCUGCAUCCACCUGGUCUGCAAGUGGUCUAAACGGGAGAUCCCUCUAUCCACUGAUGGCAAAUCCUGGUGGGAAUACGUAGACAACUCAGUCACGAUUGAGUUACUCGAUGAACUGACGACUGAAUUUCUGCAGAUUUUGGAGAAGACUCCCAGUAGGCUGAAAAAGAUUAGGCACUGGAGGGCAACACAAGCUGCCAAGAAACUCAAAACGGACGGCCAGUCAUCGGAGACCGGCUCAUUUACGGGCUCCCAAGACCAGUCAAUCUUGGAUGCCGCUCCUGGGGUGUCUGCCAGCGCAGCCUUCCCCAAAGCCUCCACGUCGUUCUCAGUUCCUCUGCCUGGCAACCAAGGCAGUGCCUUUUCUUUGGAGUCUGUCGCCAACAUGCAGGGCACCUCCUACACCUUCACUGCCCCGUCUGACUGGCCUCAGGACCAGGGACGCUCAGACUCGUACUCUCUCAAACAGCUUCCCCUCCACUCCUCGCUCGUGUCUCACCCGCACCGGCCUGAGAAGAGUGCAGAGUUCAACCCUGUCAAACACGAGCACAAGGCCAACAGCGGCGGGAAGCAUCAGGCUCCUGUUUUCCCUCCUUCUGCACCUCAGACGCAGAAAAUGUCUCUGGAGAAGUACAAGGAGAAACAUGCUGCUGAGCUGGCAGCUCAGAAACAGCUGCAUCAGCAGCAGCAACAACACCAGGUCACAGAGGUAGAGGGCAGGGAUGCAUAUGCAAGCUCUGGCCAGAGUGAGCACCGCAAGCACCCUCAACCCAACGCUCAGGGGUCUGGCGGCAGCAGCACGUCCGCUACCAACUCCCCGCUUAAGAUGAAGCUACCCCUGCCAGCCCUGGACAAGUCCCAGACAGAUAAACGCGAGAAGGGAAGCUCGUUAAAACUCCGCAUUCCUGUCCCCGCCUCUGUCCCCUCGUCUGAGAAAGGGGCAGCGAGCAAGGAUGAACUGAAGAUGAAGAUCAAAGUUUCCUCCGAGCGCCACAGCUCCUCAGACGAGAGCGGUGGCAAGAGCAAACAUUCCAGUCCAGUGGUGAGCAAGGAGAAGCACCGGGACCACUCUGCCCACCGGCACCACAAGCACGGGCACACUCCUGGCGGCGACGGCCGGAGCCCUGCGGCGGUCCUCGGAAGCGACGCGGCAAGCUCUGGCUCUUCGCGCAAGAGGGUGCACGCCGACCCCAGCCAUAACCACCACGCCACCUCCAAAAAAAGCAAAAGCUCCAAGAGCAGCGCAGGUAGUUCCUCUCAUUGUUCCUCUGUUCAGCAGUGUGUGUCGUCUCGCAGCUCUGUUCUUAACCCACCCUUCCCCCCUCCUCCUCCUCCCCCUCCUGUCGCACACCAGGUGGGCUUCGGACAUCUCAACACCCUAGUGAAACAGGACAAGAAGCCAGUGGAGAGCCACGGCCUUGAGGGUGCGGCUCAGACCCCUAGCACUAAUGGCGUUCACGCGGACUAUAUCGACUCUUUCGAUAUGCUUGAUUCGCUGUUAAGUGCUCAAGGGAUGAACUUGUGAUCUUGUAGAGAAGGAGAAUUUUGAAUAAAUGCAAAAAAGACAGUAUUGGGUAUCAUCCUUAAAAGGAGGAAAGAAUAUGAAUAUAUGAAUAAGUAUGGGAAUGAGGGCGCAAGAGUGAGAUAAGAGAGAUGGGGAAUUAAUAAAAUGCUUCCUGAUCUUCAGAGUUCUUGGCAGUUCAGUUCAGUCCUGCCUGUUCCUGUAUAAGUAACUGCUGCUGUGUCCUUCACAUUUUCAAAGUGUGUGUGUGAGCGAGAGUGCGUGCGCCAGUGUGUGAGUGAAGAGAUGGGGCCAUCCUCUUGAAAAUAAAUGUUUUCUUUAUUUCUCCACAAGAUAAAAAGUAUUACUAAUGCUGUAAGGCAUGAAAGGUGCAUUUUUUUUCUUCCCUCUUCUCCCCUUUAUAAUAAUUUAAGUGCUGUUUCUGUAAGACACUGAAGAAAUGCUACAUCCUACCUCCCUAUCCCAACACCAAACGUGACCCGAUUUGAUUGGAUGUGUUUGUUUUGUUUGGAUUAGGGGUUAGAAGUAGAUUAUUUUUUUUUGGUUGUUUAGUUUUGUUGCGUAGUUUUGAACAUGCUACAUUUUUUUUUAUUUUCUCUGUUCAGAAAUAAUUUUUGUUGUGUAUGUAGGAUGUGCAUGUUUCAACUGUCAAAGGGAUGAAGUAGAAUGCUGUUUACAGAAAGUGGAGAUAAAUGUACAUACAUUUUUGUAUGUUAAAAGCUAUACCAUAAAUACUCAGGUUUGGAGCUGCUUGUAUUAUUCCAUAUAUAUAUAUAAAUAUUAAAGGAGGCGUGUGGGCGAA